UCACGCUUCUUCUUUCCCCAGAAAUGUGUCUUUGUCUUCAGGCAGCGAGAGCUACAGCGAGCGACAGAGUGGAGGAGCAGCAGGAGGUUGGCUAUGAAGCUGUUUCCUGCUUAUCCAACUCUUUGGACCAGUUUGCUGGUUUUGUGGGUGUCACAAGGUGUGGCUGAGGACAACAGCUUAAAUGUCUGUGAGGAGGAUAUAGAACUUGGCCUGGUCCGAGUGCAGGAUUCUACUGAGAUGGAUGAUCAUGUAGAGAGGACUGAUGUAGAAGAAAAAUUUAUCUGCCUCCUUUACCCAACCAAUAUACUCAACUGCUCCUGGUCGUUUGACACAUCAGAGAAGGACUUUCAGCUUUCAGUUCAUAUGAGUUUUUGUGAUGGAAACGCAGUUCCCUCUCGAAACAUUUCGUCCGUGGAAAGAGUUGGAUCACUGUCUUUGGAUCUCAGUGAGCAUGAGAUGCCUCAAUUUGUAAUCCUCCACCUAAACAUGUCCCAGCACAACGAGUGGAAAACUUACACCGACAAGUACGACAUGGCGCUGCUAGAGGUUCUGUCUCCACCCCAGAACAUCUCUGCUUCAAUCAAAAAUGGAGCUCUCAACAUAACAUGGGAUGUGCCUCACAGCCGAUCAGACUACAGUCCGAGAUGUUUUACAUAUGAGCUGGACAUGGGUGACCAGGAAAAACCAAAAACCUUCACCGCCAAGCGGUUCUAUAUAGAGCCAAGUGUAGAUCCCAGCCGCACCUACAAAGUGAGAAUGAGGACGGUACUGGCGAACACAUGCCAUGGAUCUCCUGAAUGGAGUGACUGGAGUCAAACUGUCACGGUGGAACAGUCAGCAUACAAACUCAACCCUGUGGUGAUCAUCUCCAUUUCCCUCGGAUUACCCAUGAUCCUCCUGGCUGUGUUGUUGUUGGUGCGCUAUCAGAGGGUGACUAAGAUUCUGUUCCCACCGAUUCCUCGUCCGCCGGCAAAGUACAAAUAUUUUUUGGAAAAAAAUGAUGCAUUUAAUUUCUUUCACCCUGCGCCACCAGCGAAGCCUGAAGAGGAGAUCACAGAAGUGGAAGAGGCAGAGCCGAACACUGGAAAGUCAUUUUAAAAGCAACACCAGAUGGACACAUUGAAAUGCUUUUGUUUAAAUCUAUGCACUGCCAGGCUUUCAUAUAUAUAUAUAUAUAUAUAUAUAUAUAUAUAUGCUAGAAUAGACAUGGUGAAUGCAGGAAAAGUGAGUGCUGAUGUGUAUUUAUGUGCAAACGGUGGUCAAAUGCUUUUAUAGUCUUGAAGUCGUGCUGUCAGAUCUAAACAUUUGUUGCACAUUGUGUGACGUUUAUUACAUUUUAAUGCAUUUACACCAAUAUGAAAGCAAAAUAUGCUGUAGAUUAUUUGUCAUUAUAAUGAGAAGGACUUGCCUUUAGCAUGCUCUGCUUGAUUGUCUCAUUCAAAUGUGUUUAUUUUGCUUAACUUAAGUAAUGUGACUAGAAUCUACCAGUUCACUGGUGAGAUUUGAUCUGGAGCUUCUAUAAAAUGAUUGUCAUGUUUAUUUGUGAAAUAAAGUUGGGUGAGAUAUUGUC